ACGGUCUACCAAUCUCAUCUCUUCUGCAGCUCUGCUUAACAAAAACUCCGGACUCCCACUGCUAAACCCCAAAGCAAAUACCUGGAGAAAUGGUAGUUUCUCUCAGACUACCGACUCUCACUUCCUUUUUCUCGUCUCCAUCCAUAUGUCGGUUACCGGCGUUUUCUGGACGUCACUACUAUUUCCGCCCGCCGCCUUUAACAGUACCCUUCUCCGCUCAGAGCGCGGCGUCGAGCCCUCCUGAGACAGAGGACCGAGUUGAUAAACUUAAGAAUCGUGUCAACCAGGAUCGAGUCAUUACUCCCCGAUCUCAAGAUUUUAAUGCUUGGUAUCUUGAUGUUAUUGCCAACGCCGAGCUCGCUGAUUAUGGUCCUGUUCGUGGUACUAUGGUCAUUCGUCCUUAUGGGUAUGCUAUAUGGGAGGCUAUCCAGGAUUAUUUGAAUGUUAAGUUCAAGGAAACUGGGCACAGCAAUAUGUACUUCCCACAGUUCAUACCUUAUUCAUUUAUCGAGAAGGAAGCUAGUCAUGUUGAGGGCUUCAGUCCAGAAUUGGCGCUGGUAACUAUUGGUGGAGGGAAGGAACUUGAAGAAAAACUUGUGGUUCGACCAACUAGUGAAACCAUAGUAAAUCACAUGUUUACUCAGUGGAUUCACAGUUAUCGAGAUCUUCCUCUCAUGGUCAACCAGUGGGCAAAUGUCACAAGAUGGGAGAUGCGCACAAAACCAUUUGUGAGGACUCUUGAAUUUCUAUGGCAAGAGGGUCAUACAGCUCAUGCCACUCUGGAGGAGGCAGAAAAAGAGGCAUUACUGAUGAUUGACGUCUAUACAAAAUUUGCUUAUGCGCAAGCUGCAAUACCUGUUAUUGCAGGUCGAAAAUCAAAGGUGGAAACCUUUGCUGGUGCUGUUAGGACAUAUACAAUAGAGGCUAUGAUGGGUGAUCGGAAGGCUUUACAGGCUGGAACCAGCCACAACCUUGGUCAAAAUUUUUCUCUGGCUUUUGGAACACAGUUCACUGAUGAAAAUGGACAAAGGCAGCAUGUAUGGCAGACUUCAUGGGCCAUCAGUACCCGCUUUGUUGGUGGUAUUAUCAUGACACAUGGAGAUGAUGCUGGCCUAAUGCUUCCUCCCAAUGUUGCACCAAUACAGGUGGUGAUUGUGCCAAUUUGGAAGAAAGACAAUGAGAAAGCUGGAGUUCUCAAUGCAGCAUCAUCUGUGAAAGAAGUUUUGCAAUCUGCUGGUAUCAAAGUUAAACUUGAUGACUCAGAUCAGAGAACCCCAGGAUGGAAGUUCAAUUUCUGGGAGAUGAAGGGAGUUCCUUUGAGAAUUGAAAUUGGUCCUCGGGAUGUUUCAAGUGGAAGUGUGGUUAUAUCUAGGAGAGAUAUUCCUGGAAAGGAAGGAAAAGUAUUUGGAAUAUCUAUGGAGCCUUCAAUUUUAGAAGCUUAUGUCAAGGACAAGUUGGAUGAGAUCCAGACAUCCCUUCUAAGUAGAGCAACAUCAUUUCGGGAUAGUAACAUUGUGGAUGUGAGCUCUUAUGAUGAACUCAAAGCGGCAAUAUCUCUUGGCAAAUGGGCAAGGGGUCCUUGGUCAGCUAGUGAUGCUGAUGAAUUAAAAGUGAAAGAAGAAACGGGAGCAACCAUUAGGUGUUUUCCCUUUGAACAGCCUCAAGGGACUAAAAUGUGCUUGAUGACUGGCAAGCCAGCAGAAGAAGUUGCAAUUUUCGCCAAAUCUUAUUGAUGCAUAAGGCACUACAACAUUGCAAACAGAUGAACUUGUUUGAGGGAGCAUUAAUGGUCAUGGUAAAAGAUUUUGUCAGAGCUGUCUCCUUCCUCAUAUUUAUAAGUUCUAUCAAAUUGGCCAAAGCAAAGCGUUUAAUUGAUUUAUAUGAAUUAUUUGGAGGAAAUAUUUUAAUAGUGGGUAUAGUAUUAUCAUAUUUUGUCUGUGUUCUUAAAUUGGUAAUUUGGCAGCUCCUUCCAUUGGAGAGCACAAGUGGCUGAAUAUGGUAAAAUGCUGUGGUGUUGUGUAAUUUCUCUGGAGUAGACGCAGCAGUUAAUCUCUUGUUCAUACUAUUCUUUGUAAAUCUUUUUAUCUUCAGAAGGCUAAAAAAAUUUUAGAAACA